GGGAGUGGACCAUGCACUGCAGCUGCUUGGCCAAGGGCGUCCCUGCCAUCUCCGCGGCUGGUAGCGCCUGGAUCCCAGGCCUGGCCUUCCCCGACUGGGCCUACAAAGCCGAGUCGUCCCCGGGCUCCCGGCAGAUCCAGCUGUGGCACUUCAUCCUGGAGCUGCUGCAGAAGGAGGAGUUCCGCCAUGUCAUCGCCUGGCAGCAGGGAGAGUACGGGGAAUUCGUCAUCAAGGAUCCGGACGAGGUGGCCCGCCUCUGGGGCCGCAGGAAGUGCAAACCACAGAUGAACUACGACAAGCUGAGCCGGGCCCUCAGAUAUUACUACAAUAAGAGGAUCCUGCACAAGACCAAAGGCAAAAGGUUCACUUACAAGUUCAACUUCAGCAAGCUCAUCGUCGUCAACUACCCUCUGUGGGAGAUCCGGGCAGCCCCGUCCCCCUGCUUGCUGCUGGGGGCCCCUGCUCUACUUCAGCCAGCGCUGCUCCCCAUGGGGGUGCAGAGUGAGCUCCUACACAGCAUGCUGUUCACCCAUCGGGCCAUGGCGGAGCAGCUGGCUGGACAGCGGACCCCUCAAGGGCCACCAGAGGCCUCUGGGAACAAGAAGGGGAGCAGCAGCAGUGUCCACCGACUUGGCUCUGCCCCGGUCCCCUGCCAGCUUGGCCCCUGCUGCCAUCUGGGGAGCCCCCUGAGCGACCUGCCCAGUUUUGCCUCGUUCACCCCUCCCCUACCAUUCGCUGUCCCCUCCAACUGGCCCUGCCUCUCAGCACCCUUCUUGCCCCCGGUCGCCCCAGAGCUGCACUUCCCAGGGUCCUCCAUACCAGGCACCCCGCUCCCAGGACCCAUUUGUGCCCCAGCAGCCCAGCAUUUUCCAGAGCUUCCACUGUUGGCCAGACUGGCGCAGGGGGCUGAGGAGAGGCUCCGACUCUGGUCCCUGAGGCCCGAGGGGCUGGAGGUAAAGCCCGAGACCACGUCAGCUCCCAGGGAGGGCUUCUCCUCAGAGAGGCAGGGAACCAGCACUGGAGAGGAAGGCCCCGCAUCCCCCAGUCUGGCGAGCUUCAAAGCAGUGUGGCCCCUGGAUCCUCCUUAAUGGGGGAGGAAGAUGUGAAGUUGGGGGGAGUCCCCCAAACUCCCUCUGUCCUCUUGUCUACCUCCCUCUGGCUUUGCACCCUCCCCUGGCAAAGCAGGAGAUUGAAGGGAUGGAGCUGGACCCAAGGGCACAAGGGCAUCGCAGGGAAGGAGUACAUGUAAGAAUGGGAAACCCGAGGCAGAGUGCCCCCUCACCAAACUGCCGAUCACAUUAAGGAGACAUUCUUAAUCUCAAUUUUUUUCUUUUUUGAGGCAGAUGAGAAAGAGGUUCCCAUCAUUUGAAAGACCCCAUACCUGCCCACACAAGAGGGGAAAUUAAGAGUCUAAGCUGGGGAGGGGUCAGGAGUUGUCUUGUUCCCCAAGUCUCAGGGCAAUUUCUUUCUUCUGUGGGGCACUGUCCCUCACCCAGGCUAAGGUGUCCCGUCUCUCUCCUGUGCCUCCACGUGCUUCUCUCCCACCCCUCUGCUUUCUGUGAUCUUGGGAGCUCCUGUCCCCUUCUUUCUCCAAGACCUAAGCAAGUGGGCUCAGGAGGGACGGGCCUCCUCUGCUGUAACACUCCACAGCAAACCACAAAUAAAAUGCCCUUGGCAAACUGCCCUCUUGGCUGA